CUUUCACAAUGUCAUCGCUCUUGACCUCUACAUUGAUAUCGACACAGAGGUACUAUUGACUCAAGGCUUGCAUGCAUAUCUGCCGCGUUACGACAUUCGCCGCUAGGUGUCUUGCCUAUUGUUUGGCCUCGCCCUCCUUGUCUUAGACUCGAGUGUCUCACCUUUUCCGCAGAACUGACCCUUCUUCAUUCUUUACAUCGUAUUUUCCAUCGUUCUAGAAGACAACAUGGGUGUCCCAGCGCUCUUCCGAUGGCUGACCAAAAAGUAUCCUAAGAUCAUCACUCCUGUCAUUGAGGAACAGCCUUAUGAUAUUGAUGGAGUUCAAUAUCCGGUCGACACGACCAAACCCAACCCCAAUGGAGAAGAAAUGCACAAUUUGUAUCUUGACUUCAAUGGAAUUGUUCAUCCUUGCUCACAUCCAGAGAACAAACCUCCGCCUGCCAACGAAAGCGAGAUGAUGCUCGAGAUCUUCAAGUACACGGAUCGCGUAGUCAACAUGGUCCGGCCUCGCCGACUCUUGAUGAUCGCAAUCGACGGUGUGGCCCCUCGUGCAAAAAUGAAUCAGCAACGUGCUCGACGUUUCCGAUCAGCUCGGGACGCUAAAGAGGCGGAUGAAAAGAAAGCAGAAUUCCAAACCCUGCAACGCCAACAGUCAAAUGGACAAGACUCUUCAGUCGAACAAGUAAUCCAGAAAACUUGGGAUAGCAAUGUCAUCACUCCUGGCACGCCGUUCAUGUUCAUUCUUGCUCUUUCCAUCCGAUAUUGGGUCCAAUGGAAACUCAACACUGAUCCAGCCUGGGCGGAGCUGAAGGUCGUCAUUUCUGAUGCCAGCGUCCCAGGAGAAGGUGAGCAUAAAAUCAUGCAAUUCAUUCGUUCCCAACGGUCCGACCCUGAAUAUGACCCCAACACAAGACAUGUCAUGUACGGUCUGGAUGCCGACUUGAUCAUGCUUGGAAUCGCCACCCAUGAGCCUCAUUUCCGUGUUCUCCGAGAAGACGUCAACGUCAGAGAUGCCAAAGCAAAGACCUGCAGAUUGUGCGGCCAACAGGGGCACUAUGCAGAAAAUUGCAGAGGCAACGCAAAAGCAAAGUCGGGAGACUUUGAUGAAAAAGGAACCACUGAAGAAUUGAAGCCUUUUGUCUGGCUCAAUGUUCCAAUUUUGCGUGAAUAUCUCGGCGCAGAAAUGUUCGUGCCUGGUCAAUCAUUCCGUUUUGAUCUCGAGCGUGCUCUCGACGAUUGGGUUUUUAUGUGUUUCUUUGUCGGAAAUGACUUUCUGCCCCAUCUGCCCAGUCUUGACAUUCAUGAAGACGGCAUUGAUAAACUCAUUGCAAUUUGGCGCGACAACAUUCCCAUCAUGGGUGGUUAUCUCACUUGCGAUGGUAAUGUCGAUCUGGCCCGAGCCCAGGUCAUUCUUCAAGGUCUUGCCAAACAAGAAGAUGCUAUUUUCAAGCGCAGAAAGGAAGUCGAAGACAGGAGGGAACGUAAUCAGAAACGCCGUGAUCAGGAGAAUGCUGCCCGGGAGGAGCGGAAUUCCAAAAGACGGCGAAGCUCUCCCGAUUACUCAAAGGGUGGCAGACUUGACACCCGAGCCCCAACCGGUCCUGUGGAAACCUUUGAGGCUACUAGCUUUCCUAUGUUGGACUACAAUGCCAUCGUCAAUCGCCAAACAAUUGACAAGGCCUCGACAUCUAACAAGAGUGCGGCGGCCAUCCUCAAAGAACAAAUGCUCGCCAAAAAGGUUGCAGAAGCUCAGAAUGGCACGAAUACCAACGCUGACUCCGAUAAUGCCACGAAUGGAGCUUCGGUAGGAGGUAAACGAAAGGCAGAGUUGAUGGAAGAUGAAUCUGAAAGUGGUACCCCCGGUCGAGCCACACCUGUCGAGAAGCCCAAAUUCGAUCCAAAUGACCCUCCACCAGACACUGUCAAGCUCUGGGAGGAAGGCUAUGCCGACCGUUAUUACGAACAAAAAUUCCACGUCUCGCCAAACGAUAUUGAGUUUCGUCACAAGGUUGCUCGUUCGUAUGUGGAGGGACUCUGCUGGGUGCUGCUUUAUUAUUUCCAAGGAUGCCCUUCUUGGACUUGGUAUUAUCCCUAUCAUUACGCACCAUUUGCUGCCGACUUUGCAGACCUUGACAAGAUGACUGUCAAAUUUGACAAGGGAAAACCUUUCCGACCGUAUGAGCAACUUAUGGGAGUGCUACCAGCCGCAUCCAACCACGCUAUUCCACCAGCAUUCCAUCCCCUCAUGACCGAGCCGGACUCUGAUAUUGUUGAUUUCUACCCUGAAGAAUUCGACCUCGACGCCAACGGCAAGAAACAAUCAUGGAAAGCCAUUGUCCUUUUACCAUUUAUUGACGAAAAACGACUUCUUACUGCAAUGGCAACGAAGUAUCCAGAAUUGACGGAUGAAGAAAAGGCUAGAAACGAAUUGGGCAAAGAUGCGCUCCUGAUAUCAGAGAAGAAUCCUUUGUACGACGAUCUACUACAGUUUUACUCGAAGAAACCCAAAGAUUCAGUCAAACUCAACGUCCGUAAAGGCCAUCUUGCAGGAACCGCCACCAAAAACGAAGAUUUCCUACCCGGCAUGGAUUUAGUUGGCCCCGAAGAAAACAUCAAACUUGAGCCUGUGGUUGAAGACGAUCGAUCUCUCAAUGUCCACUUCACCAUGCCACCACCAACACACGUCCACAAAAGUAUGUUGUUCCCAGGUGUAGUGCUACCACCACCUGCACUCGAUCAAAGCGAUUUGAACAUCCUCAGAUCAAAGGCCAGAUAUUCCGGCCGUGACUUUGGCGGCGCACCACUGUACGACAACACCAGACGAGACCCUCGUGACCAAAACCGAGGCGGCCGUAUCAAUUAUGCAGCUGAUCGAGCACCACUCAAUUCUGGCGGCCCACCACCUCCAGCCUAUGAUCAGAAUAACCCUUUUGCAGCAUUACUCGACCCGAGAUUCGCACCUGGUGCUGGCCGCGGACCACCUCCUCCACCUCCUCCACAGAGAUACGGUGGCCAGCAAGGCUAUGAUCAAGGAUACAAUAAUGGUCAAGCAGGCGGAUAUUACAGUAAUGGAGGAGAUUACCAGAAUCAAAACCAAAAUCGUGGAGGAGGACAGUAUCAAUCAUACAAUAAUGGUCAACAUUCUCGAUAUCAGAAUGGAGGACGUGGUGGGGGGGAUGGUAAUCAAAAUCGCGGUAGAGAUGAUCGCCGUGGUGGCGGCGGCGGAUACAAUAAUGGGUACGGCGGAGGUGGUUACAACAAUCAAGGUUCAUAUGGACGGAGAUGAGGGGAGAUGUAGAAGUUGAGUGGAAUGAUGCUGCCUAACAGGGUGGUACUGUACUGUACAACGAAAAGUCGACUAUUGUGUGAUGUACUGAUGAUGUCUACCUGAGUCCUGGUCGUAGGUUGGUUGAACCGACUGCGCAGAAACUAUCGAAAUAGAGAGAUAGAGCAAGGUACUUGUUCUAAUCCAGCAGAUUGAUUUACG